UCUCCACUUUCUCCUCUGAAUUUGAAGCAGAUAGGCAUCCCUCCUUCACUUGCAGGGAAAAUGUCGUUUGGUCUUGUUCGCACUGCUAGAAGCCAGUCUGGUGGAUCUCGGAGUUACACCAGUGGCUCCAUGUACGGCGGUGCUGGAGGCUCCUCUGUGAAAAUCUCCUCUGGCAGUGCAGGUGGAGGUGGAGGUUCCUAUGGCUUCAGUUUAGGUGGUGGUGGAGGAGGCGGAGGAGGUGGGGCAUCCAUGUACUCCUUCACCUCUGGAGGUGGAGGUGGUGGAGGUGGUGGAGGCAUGUAUAGCUUCGGCAGUGGAGGUGGUGGUGGUGGUGGUGGUGGUGGUGGUUGCAUUGACAUCUCCGCCAACGAGAAGGCAACCAUGCAGAAUCUCAACGACCGUCUGGCAACCUACCUGGAGAAGGUGCGCAACCUGGAGGCGGCCAACGCCGAACUGGAGCUGAAGAUCAGACAGUUCCUGGAGAGCAAGUCAUCCCCAUCCUCCAGAGACUACAGCGCCUACUAUGCCACCAUCGCAGAGCUGCAGGGAAAGAUCCUAGAUGCCACCUCAAUUAAUGGUAGCAUUUACCUCUCCAUUGACAACGCCAAGCUGGCUGCCGACGACUUCAGGCUCAAGUAUGAGAAUGAGCUGUCCAUGCGUCAGUCGGUGGAGGCGGACAUCGCUGGCCUGAGGAGAGUCCUGGACGAGCUGACCAUGAGCCGGUCCGACCUGGAGAUGCAGAUCGAGGGUCUGAGAGAGGAGCUGAUAUUCCUCAGGAAGAACCAUGAAGAGGAGCUCCUAGCAAUGAGACAAAACUUGAGUGGCCAGGUGAAUGUAGAGGUGGACGCGGGCCCAGGUGUGGACCUCAAUAAGAUAAUGGAGGAGAUGAGGGAGCAGUACGAAGCCGAUGCCGCCAAAAACCGCAAAGGACUGGAGGAGUGGUUUAAAGGAAAGACAGAGUCACUACAGAGAGAAGUGACUCAAAGCAUCGAAGUCGUCAACACGUCCAAAUCGGAGCUCACGGACCUGAAGCGCAUGAUGCAGGCGCUGGAGAUCGAGCUGCAGUCACAGCUCAGCAUGAAAUCCUCACUGGAGAACACGCUGGCUGAGACUCAGAACCGCUAUUCCAUGAAGCUGUCAGGCUGCCAGAGCCAGGUGAGCAGCAUGGAGGAGCAGCUCAUGCAGCUCAGGGCUGACCUGGAGAGGCAGGGAGUGGAGUACCAGAUGCUGCUGGACAUCAAGACCCGCCUGGAGAUGGAGAUCGCCGAGUACAGGAGGCUGCUGGACGGAGAGGGCGUCGGCGGCGGCGUCUCCUCCUCCUCCUCCUCCUCCACCAUGUCCUCCGCCAAAUCAAGUUCUGUUUCCGGUUCUGGCUAUGGCUCGGGUUCUGCCUCGGGUUCUGCCUCGGGUUCUGUCUCCGAGUCUGUCAGUACCUCCAAGACUGUCACCAAAUACGUCACGGUGACAGAGGAGUUGGUGGAUGGAGUAGUGGUAAGCUCCACAGAGAGCGUCAUCCAGGAUUGAGCUGCGGCAGGGGGCACUGUCACACACAGCUCUCCCAGCAUUUCACAAUAAAAGUCUGCUGAGGUGCUUAAAAAA